AUGGCAAUGCAGAAUUACGGUGCUUCUUCGCAUUUCCCUCAAUAUCCAAUGGCAUCAUCGUUCCCAUCAGCUAUUCCCCCGCAAGUUGCACGCUACCCACUGGCGGCUCCAACUGCAGAACUAAAUUACAGCAAAGCCGAUAUAUUUCAGGCAGAUGUUGGCAAAGCUUUGGCUCACCUAAAGAUGCCUGGAGUUGGCUCUCUGUCACAAUCCACGAUAUGUCGUUUUGAGUCGCUCACCCUUUCUCAUAAUAAUAUGGUAGCAUUGAAGCCCAUACUGCAUAGUUGGCUAGAAAAAGCAGAGGAGGCGAUGAAGCAAAAGGAUGGUUGCGGUGACAUCUCCGGUAUCCUGCCAAACACUGACAAGAAACGAAAACGAACCAGCAUUGCUGCGCCUGAGAAACGAUUACUCGAGGACUACUUCAGACAACAACCUCGACCAUCCGGCGAGCGAAUCGCUGCCAUUGCCGAUAAGCUAGAUUUGAAGAAAAAUGUAGUCCGUGUGUGGUUCUGCAACCAGCGACAAAAGCAGAAAAGGUACUAA